GCCGACUUUUCAUAAAGGAAUUGUUAAAGUCUUCAUAAAGGAAUUUUUAAAGUAUUCAAUACGGAGUCACAUCUUGGAAUUUCGUUACAUUCCCAAACACAAACAGGAUCCUGUGGCUUUAAAUUCCCCCAGCGUGUAGUGGUGAAGAGGGAAGUGGGUGUGGGGGAGGAGGGGGAGCGCGCUAACUGUACUCUCUGAUAUAAACACUGCAGCCAGCACGCAGGAGAGAUCUCUGUACAAUGGGCGUGAAACUGUACUACACCACCGUGACCGCUUCGAGAGAGGUGAAAUCGCAGCAGGCUGAAGUCAUGCGCAUUUUAGAGAGUAAGAACAUCCAGUAUGAACUGAUUGACAUUUCUGUGGGUGGAGACGUCCGGAAUGAGAUGAGAACCAAGUCGGGUAACCCUACAGCUGCCCCUCCCCAGAUUUUCAAUGACGAUGAGUACUGUGGGGAUUAUGAAAUGUUUUCCGAGGCAGUAGAAGCAGAUACAGUGGAGAAGUUUCUCAAGAUUGCAUGAGAUUCCUACCUUGUAGCAUCAACGCCUUUUUUCCGCCGCUUUGCUGGACCAUGAGUUGUAAAAGGGAAGCCCUGCCUUGUGUCCUUUGCCCAAUGAUGAUGUCUACUGCUCUUUAUAGCUAUGCCAUUUUAAUAUGCCAAACACAUAUUCCUUUCUGCCAUGCAGUGACCUAAAAGCACAGAGUAGUCUGCUGGAUUUACCUGAAUUCUUUUUCACCUGGUUGAUUUCAUGAUUUCAGUAUUUCAUUUGUGCAUGAAUCAGCGUUCUCACUGAUUUUCUUUUUUUUUUUUUAUUCUGAAUGUAAUUAUUUAAUUUUACAUGCCUGGAAUUUCUUGAUUGCAAUCAGUAUAUACUUCAUCUAAAACUAAGCUGCACUCAAACACAACAUAAAACCUGAUCUCCUGUGGACCAAAAAAUAAUAAUCUAGCACUUAUCUAUAUAUAUAUUUUUUUUUAUCUGUUUGUCUUUACAGCUGCUUGUCUUAUCUUGACAACUAUGUUGAUGUGAUUAAUGGUCAGCAUGUCGUUACUUAAAAAAACGUGGCUGUUUUUGCUGUUGGAGCAGGUGAAUAAGACCACCAACUGAUCUGAACACAAUAUUUCAUGGCUCUGUAUAUGUGGCAAACGAAUGUUACUAAGGUUCAUCGAAUGAAAGCAUUCCCCUAUACUUAAUUGUGCCAAUAAAUGUCCCUGAAAAUGCAGUUUCCACAUUAAUACAGUCUUCUCUUCUGAAACACAAGCUUUGAUGUGGUUAGCUCUUGCUUUCCAGACAAGCCUCAUCUACAAAUGUACUUUUAAAGUGAGAAAUAAUUGACCUUAUAGUUUCCUGUACCCUUUAGUGUCGGAGAAUUUUAAUAAUGCACCAAAUGUCUGUGUCCACAGUAAACUUCUUUAUCUUUUAGCAGCACACUAGUUGACAUCUUUCAUAGAACAGCCUUACAUUAAUCAGAAUAUUUUCCACUUUAUCUACUCUCUAAUUGUAAAAAUGGUCUGCUAUCUUGCAUAUCUAUUUCAGAGCAAGCAUUCAUUCGUUCGUUCAUUUUCAGUAACCACUUACGGUGUAGUGGAUCCAUGACAGGUAAACGCAGCCGAUCAACCUACCUGCAUGUUUCUGAACACAUCAUAUGCAACUCAGACCAUAACCAGCUGUGCUGCCCAGAAAAACAUCUCUCUGUUUAUAACAAACAGGCUUUGUAUGAACAAUCUUUGUCCCUAGCUAUAGCAUUUAUUACUUUGGGUACUAAUAAAGAGCCUGCACCUUAUGAUCAAAAUAGACUUUGCAGACUAGAAAUGCACUUGGGUACAGCAGGGUGAGAUCAUUCCAUGCUUUAAAUAGCAACAGUAGUAUUUUAUAAUCGAUGCAACAUUAUACUGGUAGCCAAUGUAGAGUUAUACGUCAUAUAGAUUGGAACCAGAGCUCAGGUAGGAGCUGAGAGAUGGUAGUGCUGCUCACUCUGCCACCAUGCCAACUUUCAACUGAACGUACUUAACCAAAAAGAAAUUAAGUAAAAUAAUCCAAGUGAUGGAGUUAAUAUUAUAUUUGAUUAUAAUGAUAAAAGUUAAUUCGGGAAAUGUGCCACAUUUUCAAUCUCAUCCAAAAAGUAGUGCUUUACAUUGCCAGACCUGUGGACACCUAAUGCAACUGAGCUGUUACUUAACCACUUGUGAAGUGUCUCAGGUACAUCAUACAGCAUACAAUCAUGUAACAAGAACAGAGAUUAACAAACACAUUGGCCUUUCUUAUAAUGACUGUAUCUGUGUAUUCUGUAGUCUUGAAUUGAAAUAAAACUUAACUUUCAACGAUUAA